AUAAGACGGAUGCGGCGCGCGUUGCGACGUCUGAAUCACGAUAGACAGGUAAUUGAACCUGAGCUGAACCUGUUGAACGUGUCGCGCUGGAAAUGUACGAUAUUUCAGAGUGAGUGAACUCCGAGAACAAAUAACACAGAAUGGCCUUUCUAUGUCCUGUACGCAUACGUCGCGGAAAAAAGAAAAAACCUGGAGCACAUAACUUUAACUUGGAGAAAGACUGUGUUGGAACAGGAGGCACAGGACUUGGUUUGAGUAAUAGAGUAUCAUUGCCUCCUGGAAGAAUAACUGGAAGUGCGAGUAUCGAAACUCUCGUAAGGGUCGGUAUUGAAAAAGAGAAUGGACUUUCUCCAGACAGCAAAAUGGUCAUUGUGCAUGAUUUUACUCCUUGCGUCGACGACGAACUUCAAGUCAAAAGAGGACAGAUAGUGAAUGUGCUUUACAGGGAAAACGAUUGGGUGUAUGUAAUAGCGGCCGAUACGCGCAUGGAAGGUUUCGUGCCGCAUUCGUAUUGUGCACCGUAUACGUCGCAAUUGGCGGAAUUGACACUAGCCAAUAAUGUGAAAAAAAAGCUGCCGCGAUCCACCGAGAACGAUUGUGAUCUUCUUAGCACGGGCCGUUUGCAAGAGACACAACAGACUGAUACCGGGUCAGCAUCAGAUUGCGAAAGUUACACACGGAAUAAUAUUACUACCGCAGAUCUCAACGUCAAUCGUUCCAACAUCACGCAAUCUCAGAAUUCCAUACAGACUAUAUCAUCUCAGCCAGAUGUACAUCCCUUCUUCAAGGAUCCAUCAGCUGGAAGGUAUAUUGUUCUUUAUACAUUUGUGGCGCGGGAUGAGAAUGACGUCAGUGUUGAAAGAGGCGAGUUCGUGACAGUGUUAAAUCGCGAUGAUCCAGAUUGGUUUUGGGUGCUGCGACAUUGUGACGGUAAUGAGGGUUUUGUGCCAUCCGGUUUCGUCUAUCCGGGUCAUGUUCUUCAUUCUUAUACGACUGCCACCACAACUGCCACUACUGCCACUACGAAUACAGCGUCCACGGAGGCUCAUAGUCCAGGCAAAGGUAUGAUAAGCAAUAUAACGGGAGGUGGAGAAUCGCUACAAAAAGGAGCACGAGAUUUUCGGGAUGAAACAACUGGCACAGAAUUAGUGGUGCUUUACGAUUAUAAGGCGCAGGCACCAGAUGAUUUAUCGGUGAAGCGGGCCGAUUGGAUAUAUGCGGAUCUGGGAAAUCAAACAGUCGAUGGCUGGCUUUGGGCUUAUGCGCCGAAGACUCGCAAAUACGGUUUUAUUCCCAAGGCAUAUGCAAGACCUCCUGCCAUGACUAGCUUAUGAUUCGAACAAUUAAAGAUGAAAAGCCUGCUUUUUAUACUUAAGUUGACAAUAAUGUUUUUUUAUCUUCCUGUUUCUAUAUUGUACAUCAAAGUAAAGAUCGAGUAAUAAUUACAAUUAAUAUUUUAUUUAAAUAUUCACUUUCCAUCCAGAAAGCCCAAGUAAGUAAAAUAAAAAGCAAAUGUAAUAUCGAUAGACCUAAAAAAUGAGUAUUUUUAAAAGAUGUAUUUUUAAAAGAUGAAUAAGAAUUCGCGCGGAUACGGGAUAUAAUCUACUCAAUCUUUUCAUUUGAUUAGUUCAUUUUUCUUAUAAUUUUAUGCUACUACCAUAGGUAUACACAUUCUUAGAAAUAAUACUUACAAAUUAAGGGACAAAUGUAUACUUCACGCGUUAAUAUGUAACAUGGGUUUAGUGUACAAUAACAUUUACAUUAAGACUA